CACAAGCAUCCCCAGCCAGUGCUGCUGCAACCGCCUCAGAAUAAGAGAAUAAAGGAGACGAUAGAAGUUUAGAGAUCAUGGAUAUUGAAGCUAGUUCGAACGCAUGGGAAGGUUACGUAGAUUGGAGAAACAGACCUGCCUUGAGAGGACGCCACGGUGGCAUGCUGGCUGCCUCCUUCGUUUUAGUUGUGGAGGUACUGGAAAACCUGGCAUAUCUUGCCAAUGCAAGCAACCUUGUUUUGUAUUUGACAAAGUUUAUGCACUUUUCCCCGUCCAAUUCCUCUAACAUUGUCACCAACUUCAUGGGAACAUCCUUCCUCCUUGCUGUUCUUGGAGGUUUUUUGGCAGAUACCUAUUUAACUACGUUCUCCAUCUAUUUGAUAAGCGCUGCAAUUGAGUUCAUGGGUUUAUUAAUACUGACAAUACAAGCUCAUAUACCAUCACUGAAACCACCAAGCUGUGUUGCGGGAAACACCAAAAGUCUAUGCCAGGAAGCUGAUGACGAGAAGGCAGCGAUGCUAUUUACAGGCCUUUAUCUGGUGGCAUUGGGUGUGGGGGGAAUAAAAGGUUCACUUCCUCCUCAUGGAGCCCAGCAAUUUGAUGAGGCUACUUCAGGGGGAAGGAAGCAAAGAUCUACAUUCUUCAAUUACUUUGUCUUUAGCCUCUCAUGUGGGGCAUUAAUUGCAGUAACUUUUGUGGUCUGGAUUGAAGAUAACAAAGGCUGGCAAUGGGGUUUAGGAGUUGCAACUGCAGCAAUACUGGUCUCCAUCCCAGUUUUUCUCCUUGGAGCUGCCACUUACAGGACCAAAAUUCCUAUAGGAAGUCCCAUCACCACUGUGUUCAAGGUUGUUACUGCUGCAAUUAUCAACAACUGCAAAGCUAGGAAUUCAAGUAAUGCGGUAAUGAGCAGGGUCACAAGUCCAUCCGAGACCACUGAAAUUACCGAGGGAGAAGAGAUUAACAUUAAUGUUAAAAAGAAGGUCCAAGAGCAAAGUCAGAGUUUGACAGGAAGUCUUAAAUUCCUUAAUGGAGCAGUGAUGGAGCCAGUCCAUGCAAAGCUUCGAUGCAAAGAAAAGGAAGUGGAAGAGGUCAAGAUAGUAAUAAAGACUCUUCCAAUAUUUCUGUCCACCAUAAUGCUAAAUUGUUGCCUUGCUCAGCUCUCCACUUUCUCAGUCCAACAGUCUGCCACUAUGGACACAAGGCUUGGCUCCUUCAAGGUCCCACCAGCUUCUCUACCUGUUUUUCCUGUCAUCUUCAUCAUGAUCCUUGCCCCAGUAUACAACCAUAUUAUUGCUCCAUUUGCUAGAAAAAUUACCAAAACAGAAACUGGGAUCACCCAUUUACGACGAAUUGGGACUGGGUUAUUCCUCUCUAUUGUGGCAAUGGCUGUGGCAGCUUUAGUAGAAAUGAAGAGAAAGAAAGUUGCUUCAAAAUUUGGUUUGUUAGAUUCAGCCAAACCUCUACCCAUCACAUUUCUUUGGGUGGCAUUGCAGUACUCGUUCCUUGGUUCGGCAGACCUGUUCACUUUGGCUGGCAUGAUGGAAUUCUUUUUCACAGAAGCACCACUGAGCAUGAGGUCAGUGGCCACAGCUCUAGCAUGGGCCUCACUGGCCAUGGGAUACUUCCUCAGUACAGUUCUUGUUUCGAUUGUGAAUAGGCUCACUGGGGCCUUUGCAGCCACACCUUGGCUCUCUGGUAGCAACUUGAAUUAUUAUCACCUUGAAAGGUUUUACUGGCUCAUGUGUGUUCUCAGUGCAAUCAACUUUCUGCAUUACCUGUUCUGGGCCAAUUCCUACAAGUACAGACCAACAAGGUCAACGCAGCACUAGAAGGAAAUUAAGUACAGCCAUUUGUUUCAUGAUUCAGAGAGCUAUUAGGCACCGCUCUUUAAUCAUGAUUAUGGUAUAUAGAAUUCCCAAAUAAUAAGAGAGAGAGAGAGAGAGCAGUCACUGGUCAUUUACCUAUUCAAUAAGGCAUCUAUAGUGUAGGUCCUAGUGUCAAAAUUUCAUUCCUUUUCGGCUUCGCUGAAGGUGCGAAUCACUAUUGAUGCAGAUUCCUUCUUCUAUCAGUGGACUACCUCCUCCAUUCUUCAUGUGUUCUCAAAUGCUUAAUCACUCCAUUUUUAAUGAGGUUCAAUAUGAUAAAAAAUUCCUGUUUAUACUUGUGAAAUAA